UCUCCUGAACCAGAACCUUCUGCUGAACCGGAACCUUCUGCUGAACCCGAACCAUCAGCUGAACCUGAACCAACGACUAAACCAGAACCUUCGGCCGAACCUCAGCCUUCAGCUGAACCAGAACCUUCAGCAGAACCAGAACCUUCAGCCGAACCAGAGCCUUCCGCAGAACCUGAACCAGCUGUUGAGCCGGAACCUGCUACCGAACCUGAACCAACAACAAAACCGGAACCAUCAGCUGAACCUGAACCGUCUGUAGAACCGGAACCAACGUCUACAAAAUCCGAAUUAUUAAUCGAACCUUUGCCAUCGACUGAACCAUCUGCUGAACCUGAGCCAGUUGCGGUGUCUGAACCAAGUAGCACACCUGAGCCAUCAGCCGAACCUGAGCCUUCGCCUGAACCAGAGCCAUCCGCUAAGCCAGAACCAUCUGCAGAACCUGCAAUAACGGAAACACCCGAAAAGAAAGAGUUUGAAGAACAUUUGCAUUUAAUUCCUGUCACAUUGCAAGAAUCAACGACUGUGCCGGAACCUGCAUCAGAACCAUCCGCAGAACCAGAACCUACGUCAGAACCAGCACCUGAACCGGAACCAAAAGCAGAGCCCGAACCAGAGCCGACAGCUGAACCGGAACCGAAAUCCGAACCUGAAGCAGACACAACAUUGUCUCCAAACCCAAAACCACGAAAGAGCAAACUUAAUGACGAGGCAGACAAUUCAGAAGUUUUGCCAAUAUUACCAUUAGUUGUGGAAACUACCACUUCACCAGCAUCAAUUAUGACGACUCAAGCUACAAAAUCAGAAACUGAAUCUGUCGACCCAACGGCUGAGCCAGAACCAGCAGCGGAAUCCGAUCCUUCGGCAGAACCUGAACCAUCCUCCGAGCCUGAGCCAACUCCUGAACCCGUUGCUGAACCAGAACCUAACGCAAUACCUGAGCCGACUGUGGAACCAUCUCCCAAACCAUCACCAGAACCAGAGGCUUCACCCGAACCGUCUUCAGAAGUAGAGCCAACUCCUGAACCUAAUGCUGCACCCGAACCAGCACCUGAACCUAAAACAGAAACUGAGCGCACUGGCGAACCGGAAACAUCCAACAAAACGGAACAAUCCGUCGGUAUUAUUUCUCACUUGAAUCAGUUAAUAGAAACAACCAGAAAACCCGAAACAACUACACCAGAAGACGAUGGCCCAACAAUGAACAUUGAAGUGAGUAUAAAUACAUACGCGCCAGAAACCCAUCAGAAAAUCGUAGCGGUUGAUCCUAUUGAAACUACAAACAACAAUGUGGAAGCCAUGUCUCCGUUCCUUCCUGAAAUCGAAAAUGACACUUUAGUAAACAUUUUACACACGGGUGGUGAACUUCACGAACAUGAUCAACAUGAAAAUGAAACAACAACUAAACAACCUCGUCUUGAUGAUGACGAGCUGUCUAAAAUGUACACGGUUGGAUUGAACACCACCGCAACUGAAAUUGGUACCACGCAAGCUACACAAGAAAAAGAAACAAAACAACCAACGAAGUUGAUGGAAGAUGAUGAAAUGCAUAAAGCAAAUCCGUUUGAUUUAAACAUUACUGAAGCCACCAUUGUUACUACUCAAGCUUCAAAUGAUAUAGCCACUACCCGCAACACGGAAGAAACCACUACUGUAAAACGAGCGGAAACCACAUUACCAUUAGAUAUCUUAAACAAUGUACACAGUAACAGCUUUUUUGGAAAUCUGGAUAUAACAUCAGACGCUACUACUAAAGUUUUUGGAUAUGAACAAUUUAAAGAAGUUUCUUCGAGCACUGAAGAUUUGAUUGCAAUGGAAACCACCACGUAUGGGAACAAACAUAAACCAUCAAUGGCCCCUGAGGUUAAAACCGAAGAUGAAGCUACUACACUUGAAACGAUGGACGUUACCACAGAAGAUAUGGGUCAGACAAUUUUUGCGGAAUCGAUAGACACAGUCACCGAAAUUGUUCAUGUCGUGAACCAAACUGCAUCUCCAGUUGUAGAGUCUAACGAUGGGAAAUACCAAAAGGAAACUCCUACCGUUACUCUUACUACCACGUCGGCUACAACCGGAAAAUUAUAUGAAGUCUCUGAAGCUAGCACCGACGAAAGCACUGAAGCGAGCAUUAUACUGAAAAAGGAAACCACUACAACCGGAAUCAACGAUUUAGAUAAAUUGGAUACGGAGGAUAAAGAUGAAGCUUUUUUAUCGGUGAUUCCGUUACCUAAGAAAACCGAAUCUAAUAAACUCGACAAGAAACGCCAGAAUACCGAUUUUGAAGCAAACAAUUUAAAUGACAUCAGUGAUGAAGAUCAUAAUCAUAUUGAUAAAAUAGAAAAUACUGAGAAGAAAGAUGAAACCAACGUCUUGGGUGAAGUUUAUGAAGUAACCGAAGGAUCUACUGAACCCACAUCAAAAAUAUAUAAGAAAAAAGAGUGGUUGGCAGAAAAGAAAAAGCAAAAAGUUGAGGAUGCUGUAAAAUCAGAAACAGGCCUUGUAAAGGAAGGAUUUUCGCGUUGUGCCACUGGACAAUUCCAGUGUGUAAAUGGCACUUCAUUAAAGGACGGCAGCUAUUGUAUUCCAAGAAGUGACAGGUGCGAUUCAGUCGAUGAUUGUUCCGAUGCGUCCGACGAAAUUGGCUGCGUUCAGGAAGGUUGUCCAGAUAAUUUCCAAUGCACAAGCGGACAAUGCCUUAAACGACACUUGGUAUGCGACGGUAUUCUGGAUUGUAACGAUGGAAGUGAUGAAAAUAAUUGUGAUACAUGGACGUGCCGCUUUGACGAAUUUACUUGUGGAGCCGAUGAACGCUGUAUACCCCUUUCAUGGAAGUGCGACGGUCGCACCCAAUGCCCCAACGGCGACGACGAGCAUAACUGCCAUCCGAAGGAGUGCGGCGACAAUGAAUACCACUGUGUCGAACAAGAUACAUGCGUACCGGCUAGCUGGCGAUGCAACGGCAGGUCCGAUUGCGCCGGUGAUGAGGACGAAAAAUUAUGCGAAUGUAGUGUGGAUCAAUUCAAAUGCUCUAUGGGAGGUGGUUGCAUCGAUGUAAAACUACGCUGUGAUGGCGUUGCUCAAUGUGCUGAUCUUUCCGACGAGUGGAAUUGCUUAAAGAACGACGAACCUCUUGGAGCACAUUAUCUUCAAGUAUUAUCUGAAAAUCGAACAUGGUUGCCGGUUUGUGCCGGCAACUGGGAUCCGAAAAUGGCGGACACUCUUUGUCAAUCAAUGGGUUACGCAGGUGGCAGCCAGAUGGAAGAGGUGGAAUUGCAGGGACAAUUUGAUAAGUAUUACCGCCUUAAGAAAGAUGGUGUCGGAACCCUUCUAGCUCAAUUAGAAAAGACUGACCUUAAAUGUGAUAAAGGGAUUUCGGUUACGUGUCAAGAAUACAACUGUGGAAGUCAUAGUACUUUAGAUGUACAACAAGCGCGAAUUACUGGAGGUAGCAAUGCGGCUACCUCGCAAUGGCCAAGUGUGGCUUUGUUAUUUGACAGAAAACAAACUGUUAAAUGUACUGCAAGUAUUCUAACACCAAAAUGGGCGAUUGCAAGUCAUUCCUGCGUGGGUGGUAGACCAAUAGUUGGUGAUUGGGUCUUGUACGCUGGUGGUACCCAAUUCUUUGACACCGAUGAAAAUGGCACCUUCCAAAUGUCCAACGUAAAGGAGAUUGUUCCACAUCCGCAGGCAAAGUACGCACAGUUUGAGUACAUCAAUGAUGCAGUGCUGAUUGAAUUGGAAACACCAUUAGAUGUUGGACGGAAUGUGAGUGUGAUUUGUUUGCCGGAUGCAAGUAUUGAGAGGCAACUGUGCGUAACAGCAGGGUGGGGAGUGAGUAAACCAGGAGAACCAAAUAUUCAGCAGUAUCUUAACUAUUUGCCAGUGCCAACCAUUGAAAUGGAUGAGUGCAAUUCAACCAAACAUUACAACGGACAUUUGACAAAGGAAAAAAUUUGCGCUGGAUACAGCGACACCGAAAAGUCGCCAUGUUAUAAUGAUGAAGGCGCGCCUCUAAUGUGCUUCUCGGAUUCUGCCAAUAAAUGGGAACUUCAAGGUACUUUGUCCCACCAUGGAAACUGCGGCAGGUCAAAACAUCCAUCAAUUUAUACCUCCAUCAAAAGCAUAAAGCAAUGGAUUUUCAACACAAUUGGUAGGGAACUUAAGAGUACAUGAAGCACUCACUGGUAAACUAAAAAUUAGAAGGUUUUAAAAGAUAUAAUUCAAUUGAGGAUCUACUUACACACAAAUGCCGAAUACGAAAACAUCACAAGGUGAUAUCUUUAAUUAAUAUGAGUCAACAUAAGCAGUAUAAUUGUAUACUGCAAUAACAAGGCAAUGAUAUAUACUAAUCUAGGACCUAAGUAAGUGAAACAGAUAUCUGAUAGGUGAUGUGUCAAUCUAGUACUUAGUACUUAAAUGAGAAACUGAAAUCAACGAUAGAACUAGACAUUAGGAACCUCAUUUUUUGUGUAAAAUAUAGCAAUACCAAUUUGAGUGGGUCCCAUCGUGCUUUUUUAUAAGCAUCAUAUUCCUGUUUGUAACUAUGCCAUGGGUAAUGAGGCCGGACGCUGUUCCUCGCUGGCAUUUAUUGUAAAUAUUGUAUUAUUCUCAUCUUAAAUCGAUUUUAAUGGCUCAUGUUUUAAUCCAAAUUCACAGAGUGCGUAAAAAUACGUAACUUUUAUAUCAGAAUUAUGUAAAAUAUUUAUAAAUCAAAUAUUACUCAUGUAAGUUUUAUCUAUUAAGUUUACUUAAAAUGUUAUUCUAGUGUUUUAGUGCGUACGAAACGUUUUUUUUUUUGCUGCAUUCAAUUUAUAAAUGGCAAAUGUGGUAUUUAAUCCGUCCGUCAAAUGUUUUACGCUACGUUUAUUAUUCAUUUCAUUUGUAAGAUUACUUAUGUUUGUGUUUGUACUUAAUUUGUAAUAUGUACCUACUUCAGAAUGGACAUCGUACAUUGAAAAAAUAGGUAUUGAUUAACUUUUAAACAAAUACUUAAGUAUAUAAAGGUUUAGAUACGCAUCAAAUAUAAUUACGACGAUGUCAUAUGAAAAGAUGUUACCGGAUUGUAAUAAUAAAUUUAAUAAAAACAUGAAAAUUA